AAUGGCGAGGCCGCACGCGGUGGUGGUGCCGCACCCGAGCUCCGGUAACAUCAACCCGGCGCUCCAGCUGGCCAAGCUGCUGCACCACCACGGCGUCUACAUCACCUUCGUCAACACCGAGCACAACCACCGCAUCAUGGAGGCCACGGAGGGCGCCGCCGCGGUGCGUGGCCAUGAGGGGUUCCGGUUCGAGGCGAUCCCGGACGGGCUGGUGGAGGCUGACCGGGACGCCGAGGACUACGACCUCAGGCUAUCUGCGGCCACGAGCCAGCGGUGGGCGGAGCCUCUGAGGGAGCUCCUCCUCCGGCUCAACGGCACCCCGGCCGUGCCGCCGGUGACGUGCGUGCUGCCGACGUCGCUGAUGAGCUUCGCGCUGGACGUGGCGCGGGAGCUGGGCGUGCCGAGCAUGGUGCUCUGGGCUUGUAGCGCCGCAUCGCUGAUGGCCCACAUGCGGCUCCGGGAGCUAAAGGAAAGAGGCUACGUGCCACUCAAAGACGAGAGCUGCUUGACGAACGGACACCUGGGUAGGACGAUCAUCGGCUGGAUCCCGGGCAUGCUGCCGAUCAGCCUCGGAGACAUCUGCAGCUUCGUUCGCACGACCGACCCGGACGAUUUUGGCCUCCGUUUCAGCAUGGUGGAGGCCAACGGCUGCACCAAGGCCGACGCGCUCAUCCUCAACACCUUCGACGACCUAGAAGCCGACGUCCUCGCCGCCCUCCGCGCCGAGUACCCGCGCAUCUACACCGUCGGUCCCCUAGGCUCCCUCCUCAACCACCACCAAAGGGACGACGAUGCCUCCGGCUCCGCCGGCGGCCUGAGCCUGUGGAAGCAGGACAGCGAGUGCCUCGCGUGGCUGGACACGCAACAGCCGGGCUCCAUCGUGUACGCCAACUUCGGCAGCCUCACGGUCCUCUCAGCCGACCAGCUGGCCGAGUUCGCGUGGGGCCUCGCGGCCAGCGGCCACCCGUUCCUCUGGUCCAUCAGGGACAACCUCGUCCCGGGCACCGGCGCUGGCAUGAGCUCGCUGCCGCCGGAGUUCGUCGCGGCGACAGCAGGGCGGUGCUGCCUGACCGCGUGGUGCCCGCAGGAUCAGGUGCUAGGGCACCCGGCCGUGGGGUGCUUCCUCACGCACAACGGGUGGAACUCCACCUGCGAGAGUGUGGCCGCCGGUGUGCCGAUGGUUUGCUGGCCGGGGUUCGCCGACCAGUACACCAACUGCAAGUACGCCUGCGAGGUGUGGGGCGUGGGCCUCCGGCUUGACGACGAGGUGAGGAGGGAGCAGGUGGCUAGCCACGUCAGGCAUGCGAUGAAGGCGAAGGACAUGCAGGAGGGCGCGGCUGGGUGGAAGGUCAAGGCGGAGGAGGCCGCGGCGCCCGGCGGGAUGUCCUGGGAGAACCUGCGGAGUAUGGUCAGAGAGCUCGGCUCUGUCAAUGCUGAAGCCUGAGGAGUUUGACUGAUCGAUCAUCAUCUUUUAUCGGGGUCAGUCCGGCUCCAUCUGCAACUGCAUCAGUGAUGCCAAUAAAGUAUUCCCUAUAAGCCACUGCUCGUUAUUUACUUCAUAUUGUAUUAUCUUAUCUUAUGAUCUUAUCCGAUCUAUGUAUUUC